AUGUCUUCACUCACUACAACCCAUCUUCCUGGUUUGAGUCUUUUGUCCAAAGGCAAAGUUCGCGAUAUUUAUUCCACCUCAUCACCAAACCAUCUCCUCUUCGUGGCCACGGACAGAAUCUCUGCAUAUGAUGUCAUUUUGAAGAAUGGAAUCCCGGACAAGGGGAAAUUGUUGACCAAGAUCUCAUGUUUCUGGUUCGACAAACUCAAAGACAUCAUCCCAAACCAUUUUGUAACCGCAAGCGUUGACGAGAUGCCGGAGGAGAUACGGAAGUACAAGGAUCAGCUAGACGGACGAGCUAUGCUUGUGCGUAAAGCGAAGGUAGUGCCACUCGAGGCCAUAGUCAGGGGCUACAUCACAGGAUCUGCGUGGAGCGAAUACAAGAAACAUGGCACCGUCCAUGGAAUUCCAUUGCCCGAAGGGCUGGCUGAAUCUUCACGGUUACCCGAGCCCCUGUUCACCCCUUCUACAAAGGCUGAACAGGGAGCGCACGACGAAAACAUAUCUCCGGAUACAGCUGCUGCUCUCAUUGGCACCGAGCUUUAUAACCACAUUUCCCGGAUAUCCAUUUCGCUGUACACUCGAGCUGCCGAACGCGCCUACAGUCGGGGAGUAAUUUUGGCAGACACGAAGUUUGAAUUUGGUUUGAUAAGCCCUGCCGAAGUGGAUCAAACGGCGCAGCCAUCCAUCCUGGUUAACGGCGAACAGUUGAUCCUCGUGGAUGAAGUACUGACCCCCGAUUCUUCUCGAUAUUGGCCAUUGGCCUCGUACACGCCCGGUCAACCACAGCCGAGUUUCGACAAGCAAUUUGUCAGAGAUUGGCUUGUAAAGGCUGGGUUCAAGAAAGGUUUCGAGAGUGGUCCACCAGGGAAAGAGGGCGAGGGCUGGGAGAUCGACGAAGAAGUUGUACUUGGGACCAAAGAACGAUAUGAAGAAGCAGUCAAGUUAUUGAUGAGCUAG